CGCCGGUGCAGAAGGUGGCGGUAAAGCACCAAUAAGAAGACAGAACGGCUCAAGAGCAGAAACAAGAUGGCGGCAGCAACAAUGAGUCCGUACUUUGGACAGCAGAUGUCCUCCAAAAACGAUCUGGUACCGGCCUGGACCAGCCAGGAAGUCAGCACCGGGACCACCAUCAUGGCACUGGAGUAUGACGGAGGAGUGGUGAUUGGAGCAGACUCGCGUACCACCACCGGAGCUUACAUCGCCAACAGAGUGACAGACAAGCUGACUCCGAUCCACGACCGGAUCUUCUGCUGCAGGUCUGGAUCAGCUGCUGACACUCAGGCCAUCGCUGACGUGGUCACCUACCAGCUGGGCUUCCACAGCAUUGAGCUGGACGAGCCCCCAUUGGUGGAGACUGCUGCCAAUCUGUUCAGAGCGAGCUGCUACCGAUACAGAGAGGAGCUGACCGCUGGGAUCCUGGUGGCCGGCUGGGACCGCCGUAAGGGGGGGCAGGUGUACUGCGUCCCCAUUGGAGGGAUGCUGGUGAGGCAGCCGGUGUCGGUGGGCGGCAGCGGCAGCUCCUACAUCUACGGCUUCAUGGACUCCAACUACAAACCCAACAUGACUAAAGACCAGUGUCUGGAGCUCACCGCAGCAGCGGUGUCUCUGGCGAUGGAGAGAGACGGGUCCAGCGGCGGCGUGGUGAGACUGGCGAGCAUCUCUAAGGACGGAGUGGAGAGACGGGUGAUCCUCGGGAACCAGCUGCCCAAAUACUCCACCCACUGAACACACACACAGCUGUUUACCAAUAAACAUGACAAUAAAGGUUUCCAUCAGG